AUGUCAUCCUUCGACCCUUUCGAAGCUCGAAUGCAAUUCCUUCAGUUGAUUCGGAAAUUAAAUGCUUCACAGCAAUCCAUUCAAAAAGUAGUAGGUUAUGCGAUCAAAUAUGGAUCAAGAUGCGGAGAAGACCUAUGGGAAUGUAUAAUUGAGCAAUGUGGGAAAGGCUCUCUGAACAAUCGAAUAAAUAUCUUAUAUUUCCUCGAUACGCUACUGGAAGCUUCGAUGCCAUUGGGACCGACCGAAGCUCCAUAUCCUGAAUUAGUCAAUAAGAACCUUCAUGAUAUAGUCGGGAAAGUAGUUCCAGAUAGUAGAGAGGGUGUAUUGAAUCUAAGAAGUGCAAAGCAGAUACUGGAAAGCUGGAGAAUGAGGAGAGUGGUAGAUCAUGAUGUGGUUGAAGAAGCGUUGAAAUCGUUAGAAGGAAGAGCGCAAGGUGAUGCCUCGCCAAAUAAGAGGACUCUCGAACAAGCUUUUUCGAAAAGUGAGAUACUCAGAAGGAUGGAGGAAGAUCGGGAAAGGCAUAAACGACUACGUGAACGAAUAUGGAUUUUACCUAUACCGCCACUUGUUCCUCCAUCUCAAACAAGCUCACAUACAAACCCAAAACUGAAAUCGUCACCAUCAACCACAUCGCCUUUCACCCCUGCCUCACCUUCACGUUCGAGACCUACCACAAGUUCCACUCCAGUUCCUGUGAACGGUAAAAUGGCUCCACCACCUAUACCUCCACCGGCAGACCCAGAACAUGAUACUUCAGUAGUCUCAGUCGAAACGGCUUUGGAAGUCGAAUUUGAGCAAGCGUGGGAAGGUAUAAGUGAGAUUGAUGAUGAUGAACUAGCUAAGAUGAGAGAGUGA